GUUACAGGCUGGGGCUGCACCUGAUUUCUCUGCAUGAACUGAUCUAGGUUUGAAGUCUCCCCCUGGCAGCCAUGUCCCAAGGUGGACAAGAUCCUGCCAAACCCAUCCAGACUCAACCUCAGUGGCAAAGUGCAUCAGGGACCUCUCACCCGGGCCAGUAUUCUAGACCGUACCCUGUUGUACCCCCAGGAAUUGAAUCCCUAGUAGAAGUCGAUGAAGUUACGUUCCGGAAAAAAGUUUUCGAGACUCCUGAUGGCCAAAUCCUCUAUUCUGUGAAACAGGACUGGGAGUGCUGUGGCAACCCUCUGAUACUCAAGUUAAAAGACCCUAAUAAACAGGAGGUUCUACAUGCACAUUUAUUGGCUGAAAGUAAAUGCUGCAGCUCCUUCAAAGAGCUGCAGGUUGAAGCCCCGCCAGGGUACCCCAUUGCUUUUGUGAGUUACCGUGAAGGACAUGGCCUGCAAUUUGCCAUCCUUAAUAAACAGCGGGAGCCCAUAUACUCGUAUCAGAUCACAUCUUUUUCCGCCCCGAAGAAUCCCACUGAGGUUGCAGCCCCGCCGAGGGACCCCACCAAUUUUGGGGGUUUCCAUUAUGGAUAUGACCUGCUAUUCUCCAUCAGUGAUGAACAGCGGAAGCCAAUUUUCACUUCGCAGGUUUCAUCUCUUUCCUUCCCGUUUCAUCCCACUGAGAUCUGCAGUGUCCAGGGGAGUCACCCCAUUGGGCGGAUAUUAAAGAUCAAAGGAAAACCCUCAAAGAUUGUCAUUCAAUUCCCCAGGGACCUGGAGGCUAAAAUGAAAGCUGUGAUACUGGUGACCUACCUCUAUAUGCAAUGUGAAGUGGAUGGGAUCAACAGCCAAAACACUGUAGAGCAGCCAGCCCAGUGCUGAUAAAGUUCUGCUAAUGGGGGAUGGCCCACCUGCCUCCCAACAUUCAGUGCAGUGAUGCCAUCCUCUUAGGGCCCUGGGAACCUACCUACAUAUGACUGGUUCCAUCCCUGCUCAUAAUAACCUUAAUCUAUUGUAUUAUUUGCUGUAAAUCUGUGAAAAAAGUUCACAUU